UAUCGUUCAGAUCCUGUGUGACGUAACUGGAGCCAACGCAAUGCUAUGAAGAACUGUGAGAUCUAGCCUAGAUUUUAACCAUCUUCUGGAGAAGAGAUUUGGCAUUCCAUUCUUUUGCAAUGCUUAAUUCACACAGAAAACCAAUAUUUAAUAUUUAUGUAGGAUUUUACUGCUUAGCAGUCAUCUCACCCAAAAUAUGUAUUUGUUCUCAGUUCUCAGUGCCAUCUAGUUAUCAGUUCAGUAAGGAUCCUGGGGCUUUCCCAGUGGCCACCAAUGGAGAACCAUUUCCUUGGCAGAAGCUAAGGCUCCCCAAAGUGGUCAUUCCCCUCCACUAUGACCUUUUCAUCCACCCAAAUCUCACCUCUCUGGACUUUGUUGCAUCUGAGAAAAUUGAGAUCUUGGUCAGAGAAGCUACCCAAUUUAUCAUUUUGCACAGCAAAGAUCUUGAUAUCAUGAAUGCCACCCUUCAGUCAGAGGAAGAUUUGAGAUAUAAGAAGCCAGGGAAAAAGCUGAAUGUUUUGAGUUAUCCUGCUCAUCAACAAAUUGCACUCCUGGUUCCAGAGAAACUUAUGACUGACCUGAGAUACUAUGUGGCUAUUGACUUCCAGGCCAAGUUAGCUGAUGGCUUUGAAGGGUUUUACAAAAGCAGGUACAGAACUCUUGGUGGUGAAACAAGAAUAAUUGCAGUAACAGAUUUUGAGCCAACCCAGGCACGUAUGGCUUUCCCAUGCUUUGAUGAGCCAUCAUUCAAAGCCAACUUUUCAAUCAAGAUUAGAAGAGAGAGCAGACACAUCGCUCUAUCCAACAUGCCAAAGAUUAAGACAACUGAAGUCGAAGGAGGCCUCUUGGAAGAUCACUUUGGAACUACUGUAAAAAUGAGUACCUACCUUGUAGCCUACAUCGUUUGUGAUUUCAACUCUGUGAGCGGCACAACCUCAUCAGGGGUCAAGGUGUCCAUCUAUGCAUCUCCAGAGAAAUGGAAUCAAACACAUUAUGCUUUGCAGUCAUCACUGAAGCUACUCGAUUUUUAUGAAAAGUACUUUGAUAUCAGCUAUCCACUCCCCAAACUGGAUCUAAUUGCUAUUCCUGACUUUGAGCCGGGGGCCAUGGAAAAUUGGGGCCUCAUUACAUAUAGAGAGACGUCACUGCUCUUUGACCCCCAAACCUCUUCUGCUUCUGAUAAACUGUGGGUCACCAAAGUCAUAGCCCAUGAACUAGCACAUCAGUGGUUUGGCAACCUGGUUACAAUGGAAUGGUGGAAUGAUAUUUGGCUUAAUGAGGGUUUUGCAAAUUACAUGGAACUUGUCUCUGUUAAUGCUACAUAUCCAGAGCUGCAAUUUGAUGACUGCUUUUUGGAUGUGUGUUUUGAAGUAAUUACAAGAGAUUCAUUGAAUUCAUCCCGCCCUAUCUCCAAACCAGCAGAAACUCCUACUGAAAUACAGGAAAUGUUUGAUACAGUUUCCUAUAACAAGGGAGCUUGUAUUUUGAAUAUGCUCAAGGAUUUUGUGAGUGAGGAGAAAUUCCAGAAAGGAAUAAUUCGCUACUUAAAGAAGUUCAGCUAUAAAAAUGCUAAGAAUGAUGAUUUGUGGGGCAGUCUGUCAAAUAGUUGUUUAGAAGGUGACUUUACAUCUGGUGAAGUUUGUUAUUCUGAUUCCAUGACAAGUAACACACUUGCCUUUCUGGGGGAAAACAUGGAGAUCAAAGAAAUGAUGACUACGUGGACUCUCCAGAAAGGAAUUCCCCUCGUGGUGGUUAAACAAGAUGGGCAUUCACUCAGACUACAACAGGAACGCUUCCUGAAGGGGGUUUUCAAAGAAGACCCUGAAUGGAGGGCUCUGCAGGAAGGGUACCUGUGGCAUAUCCCAUUGACCUACUCCACAAGCUCCUCUAAUGCAACUUACAGACACAUUCUAAAAUCAAAGACAGAUACUCUGGAUUUGCCUGAAAAGACCAGCUGGGUGAAAUUCAAUAUGGACUCAAAUGGCUACUACAUCGUUCACUAUGAGGGGAAUGGAUGGGACCAACUCAUUGCACAGCUGAAUCAGAACCACACUCUUCUCAGACCUAAGGACAGAAUAGGUCUGAUUCACGAUGCAUUUCAGCUGGUUAGCGCAGGACGGUUGACCCUGGACAAAGCCCUCGACCUGACUCGCUAUCUCCGACAUGAAACAAGCAGCCCUGCACUUCUCAAAGGUCUGACUUACUUAGAACUGUUUUAUCGCCUGAUGGACAGAAGGAAUAUUUCAGAUGUCUCUGACAGCCUCAAGCAUUACCUUCUCCAGUAUUUUAAGCCAGUGAUUGACACACAAAGCUGGAGUGACGAGGGCUCUGUCUGGGACAGGAUGCUUCGCUCGACUUUCUUGAAGCUGGCCUGUGACCUCAACCAUCGUCCUUGCAUACAGAAGGCAGCUGAACUCUUCAAUCAGUGGAUGGAAUCUGGUGGAAAAUUAAAUAUUCCAACCGAUGUUUUAAAGAUUGUUUGUACUGUGGGUGCUCAGAGAACAGCAGGAUGGAAUUAUCUUUUAGAGCAAUAUGAACGGUCAGUGUCAGGUGCUGAAAAAAACAAAAUUCUGUAUGCAUUGUCAACAAGCAAGCAUCAAGAAAAUUUGGUGAAAUUAAUUGAACUAGGAAUGGAAGGAGAGGUUAUCAAAACACAGGACUUGGCAGCUCUUCUUCAUGCGAUUGCCAGAAAUCCAAAGGGGCAGCAAUUGGCCUGGAAUUUCGUAAAAGAAAAUUGGAACCGUCUCCUAAAAAGAUUUGACUUGGGUUCAUUUGCUAUGAGAACCAUCAUCUCUGGCACAACAUCUCACUUUUCUUCCAAGGAUGAGUUGCAAGAGGUGAAAUUAUUCUUUGAAUCUCUUAAGGCCCAAGGAUUACAUCUGGAUAUUUUUCAAAUUGUUCUGGAAACCAUAACCAAAAAUAUUAAGUGGCUGGAGAAGAAUCUUCCCUCUCUGAGGACUUGGCUACUGGCUAAUAUUUAAAUGGUCAACAGAAAGAAUGCAUCAGACAUGGGCUAUGUCUGCAUACGAUCAAGGAGAGUAACGAUAGCAAAGCUCAUGGCAGGGUUCUGGAUAUUUUGUCUAACUAGUGUGAAGCCUCCAGGAACCAGCCAGUGCAGCGGCCUGCUCUCAGCUAUCAUCUCUAGCUGACAAAUAUACGAUGCUGGGGCAGGGGGGAAAGUUCAGUUCCGUAGCCUAUUUAAAAGUAUACUUCUUGAAUUAUGGAUACAUAUGAAGAUACAGACGUAGAUAUAUAGAUAUAGCUGUAAUCUUUUAUCCUCAAUGCUGUCUUCUCCAUUGCCUCAUACUGUGCUGCUGUUUUGCUUCAUUAAUGCUCUUUUUUAACCUUGCUUAGUAUCCUGGAGUUUGCCCAACCAGUUUACCUCCAAGGAAAAAUAGCCAGUCCAUAAAAACAAAAAAUCUAUCUUUCAUUUGCAUUCUUCCAAGUCUUCAUUCUCCCCCACCUUCAACUCAACCUGAACUAAAGAGUUUAUUUAAUUUUUACCAUUCAUGGAAAAUAUGAUACAAAUUAUGAAGGGUAAAAAUCAGGCAACCAGAAACUUUGUCACCAAAUCUCCGAUUAUUAGAAACUAGAUGUCAGGGUUUAUCAAGGAAGCCAGGAGGGCCUUUUGGCUUGAGCUUCACAUUCAUGAAGAGACUUAAGGGUAGACUUUUGAGCUAAUCCCCAACUGAAGUUGAAUCUAUAGUCACAGAUGUACAGGAGAGAAAGAAGAUACUCACCAUACCACUUUAAUCCAUACACCAUCAUAUCUUUAAUAAAUCUUUUGAAAGUUGCAGAAUUAGGUUGCAUUGUAUAUUUUGGGUUUAAUCAUGGCUUAAUGUAAAUAUGUAAAUAUAUCACCACAUUUUGUAACCCAGUUUUAGCAUUUCUUUGUAUUUUAAGGGAACCUCUUAAUCUCUGAAAUACCCUGCUAGAUGCUUCUGUUAAUUAUUUGAGUACAGUAAUUUGCAAUAAAGGAAGAAAACACACUCUACACGCAAGUAGUAAACUUAAUUUGUGAUCCCACAUAAUAGUCAGUACAAAAAUAUAAAUAAGUUUUAGAAAGACUUGAAUUAGUACAUAGAUGACUGAUCUAUUUGGAUUAUUAAGGAAAGCUGGGGAUACAGGGGUGGAGAAGGGGGUGUUAUCCAAUUCCUUUGUAGUGAUAUCAUGAAGGUCAAUUAUAGCUUCCAUAGGCCUUUCUCUGGUACCACAGAGAAAAGAUACAGUUUGGUGGUCUAUGAGCGUGCUCCAUACAUGGUUUAAGUUUGUUUCCAAAUCUUUUCUUGAAAUCUCUGAAGCAUCUUUGACUCUGAAUUUGACCUGGUCAUGUACCCACCUUGGUUUUUAUAACACCUAAGUGAUAUCCCUUCAGAGUUAUAUGUAUUUUAGCAUAAGAGAGUUGAAAGAGUAAAGAAUACUGUUUUUUUUCCACUAAGACAAUACGUAAAUUAAGGAGUAAAAUGUGUAUGAGUUUUGGUAGAACUGUGCCAUCAACAAUGUUUUCAUAAAUGCGCAAAGUUCUUUAUUUUGUAUAGUAACAUA